AUGGGAAACGGAUUAGUUUGUUGGAAAAACGGUUCUGCUUCCGACUGGAGUCCAGGUGUGAAAAUUGGAGCGCUUUCAGGAUCAAAGGGAAGACCUGAAGAGGCAGGCACUGCGGUGGCAGAAGAGGGGGAGAAAGCAGGGAUGUCGCUCAAUUUGGAGGAGAGGUCUGCGAAUUUGGAAACCAUGGAGCCGGUGGGGGUGAAUGAAGGGGUGUCGAAGUUGAACUUCUUGCGAGCUCCAGUAUCGGCUGUUUCCGAAUGUGAGGCCAACGGAGACGAAUUAGGAACAGGGGUCUUUACUUGGCCACUAUUGGUCUUAAUAAUAGGCACGCUUUCUGCGGAGAACGUGGUAGACGCCGACGUGGGUUCGGAAACCGGCGUUGUCUCUGAAUUAGGUUUCCUUGAAGGAUCAUCAUGGUUAAAGGAACAGCCUUUCUUCUCCCACUUGCAAUAUCCGUGA